UGUUUGACACUAGACGCACCGAACUUGUUUGAUGUUUUAGUUGAGAGACUCAUAAAUACGUGCGCGUGCGGUGAAAUAGAAGGUUUUCGUUUUUCUAACCCAUGAUUAAUAAUUUAGAUUUCGGUUUUUGAAUAAUAGCUCCUCCAGGAACCCGGCUUUGUAUUUUUAUUCGCUGUUUCUUUGUUGAAUUUGAUUGCAUCGUCUUUUUGAAGUGCUUUUCCACAACCACCGGUUUAUUAUUCAGGUAAGUUAUGAUUGUGGUGUUUUAUUUAUCAAAUAGUUAACUUUAAGUUAACUCAAAUGUUUAAAUAUUUUUGUCCUUUAUUACUCACUGCCUAAGCAAAGUUUUUUAUAGAUUUUACGUGAAAUUACGAUGCAGUAAAUUAUUUGUCGUUUCAGUUUUUCUAUAAUGACGUCCAGGCAAGUAUUUAGCGAAAGCGAGAAGACUUGCCUACAAGAAUUAAUUUUAAAAUAUAAUCUGCACAAAACUGCGACCAUGACAGCUAGUCAAAACACAAAAAAACUUUUGUGGGUACAUUUAACAGAAGAAUUCAAUUCAAUUGAAUCAAAUGCAAAGCGAAGUGAGGCCCAGCUCAAGAAGUGCUGGGAUAAUUUAAAAACACGGAGGAAGCACUUUUUAGCUAAUGAAAAGCGUCAGAGAAUGAAGACUGGUGGCGGACAGUGUAUUCCAAAUGAGCCACAGCCUGGUAGCAGCAAUGAGACCCUUAUUUUUGCUGAGGUUCUACUGGAUCAGACUGAUGUGGAACUCAGGGGUGUCAUUGACAGUGAUACCAUUUACAGUUCUGAAGAUAUUGCAAUGGAGCUUGAAACAUCAGUUCCAGCAGCAGCGCAACCACAACAGAAUGAUGAAGUUCUGAGUGUAAGCUGUGCAAGAUCAUCAGCUGAAGAAUACCAAAGUGUGAACACUCAUAUGCAUCUUAUGGGGUCCCAUCUUACAGUUUGUGGUGGAGCUUCAUCACAAGGAAAUGUUGCAGGCACCACGCCUAUGCAUUACAGUCUAUCAUGUCGUGACACCCCACAACGUCGUGAUACUCCACCACGUCGUGACACUCCACCCAGUCGUGACACUCCACCAAGUCGUGACACUCCACCAAGUCGUGACACUCCACCAAGUCGUGACACUCCACCAGGUCGUGACACUCCACCCAGUCGUGACACUCCACCAAGUCGUGACACUCCACCACGUCGUGACACUCCACCGCGUCGUUCUUGA